CAGGUUCUGCCACUUGCUUGGAAAACAGCAAAAGAAGGAAAUUAAGGAGCCACCCCUGCAAUUUACCCAGGUACCCCAGCAGGGUCAAUAGACAGAUCGUGUCCCAAGGAGAAAAGCUGCAGGCAUCUGAGGAUCAACCACGCUGAAACAGGUUUGACCACGAAGCUGACCUAGAAGACUUUGACUCCAAGGUACAAGGUGGUUUGGACACCUUCGAUAUUUGCCUGCUGUCUUCUAGCGAAACCUGACUCGUGAAAUGGAAUGAAGCUGAAAAAUCAUCUCCGUGAAUCUGAGAGAAGAUUGGGAUGGUCUUAAGUGCACAUCGCUAGACUCUAACUGCAGCGAUGAGUUCAGACGAGAAGGGCGUAUCCCCUGCUCAUAAAACAGCCACUCCAACCCAUAGAAGUGCCUCCUCUUCAAUAUCCUCCCAAAGGGACAGUAGGCAGAGUGUCCACGUAUUGGAGAGGACUGCUUCCUCUAGCACUGAGCCCUCUGUAAGUCGGCAAUUGCUGGAACCGGAGCCGGUCCCCCUCUCCAAGGAAGCUGACAGCUGGGAAAUUAUAGAAGGGCUGAAAAUAGGCCAAACCAAUGUCCAGAAACCAGACAAACAUGAAGGCUUUAUGCUGAAGAAAAGAAAAUGGCCUCUAAAAGGCUGGCACAAGCGUUUUUUUGUCCUGGAUAAUGGAAUGUUAAAGUAUUCAAAGGCACCACUUGAUAUUCAAAAAGGGAAGGUCCAUGGGAGCAUAGAUGUUGGACUCUCGGUCAUGUCAAUUAAAAAGAAAGCUCGAAGAAUAGACCUGGACACAGAAGAGCACAUCUAUCAUUUGAAGGUGAAAUCCCAGGACUGGUUUGAUGCAUGGGUCUCCAAACUGCGCCAUCAUCGGUUGUAUCGUCAGAAUGAAAUUGUAAGAUCACCAAGAGAUGCCAGUUUUCACAUAUUUCCUUCAACCUCCACAGCUGAAUCCUCCCCAGCUGCUAAUGUUUCUGUUGUGGAUGGAAAGAUGCAACCAAACAGCUUUCCGUGGCAGUCCCCUCUACCAUGCAGCAACAGCCUCCCUGCAACCUGCACAACAGGCCAGAGCAAGGUGGCAGCCUGGUUACAGGACUCGGAAGAGAUGGACAGGUGUGCGGAAGAUCUUGCACACUGCCAGUCAAACCUCGUGGAACUUAGCAAACUCCUACAAAAUCUGGAAAUUCUUCAGAGAACUCAGUCAGCACCUAACUUUACUGACAUGCAGGCUAACUGUGUAGAUAUUUCAAAGAAAGACAAGCGGGUCACAAGACGAUGGAGAACAAAAAGUGUCAGCAAAGAUACAAAAAUACAACUACAGGUUCCUUUCAGUGCUACCAUGUCACCGGUUCGCUUGCAUUCCUCCAACCCCAACCUUUGUGCAGAUAUUGAAUUUCAGACUCCCCCUAGCCAUCUCACUGACCCUCUAGAAAGUUCAACGGAUUAUACAAAGCUGCAAGAAGAAUUUUGUCUAAUUGCACAGAAAGUGCAUUCUCUUUUGAAGUCUGCGUUUAAUAGCAUAGCUAUAGAGAAGGAGAAGCUGAAGCAGAUGGUUUCUGAACAGGAUCACAGUAAAGGCCACAGCACGCAGAUGGCGCGGCUCCGACAGUCACUGUCUCAGGCACUCAACCAGAAUGCUGAGCUAAGGAGUCGGUUGAACAGAAUACAUUCAGAGUCUAUUAUUUGUGAUCAGGUUGUCAGUGUAAAUAUUAUUCCUAGCCCUGAUGAGGCUGGUGAGCAAAUUCAUGUCAGUCUCCCCCUGUCACAGCAAGUAGCCAAUGAGAGCCGCCUCUCCAUGUCAGAGUCUGUUUCUGAGUUCUUUGACGCCCAAGAGGUGCUCCUCUCUGCAAGUUCGUCUGAGAACGAGGCUUCAGAUGAUGAGUCUUACAUCAGUGAUGUGAGUGAUAAUAUAUCUGAAGACAACACCAGUGUUGCGGACAAUAUUUCUCGGCAAAUCCUGAACGGGGAGCUUACAGGAGGGGCUUUCCGAAACGGACGUCGAACGUGUCUGCCAGCUCCUUGCCCUGACACCAGUAACAUUAACCUGUGGAAUAUCUUGAGGAACAACAUUGGGAAAGACCUAUCCAAAGUCUCUAUGCCAGUGGAGCUAAACGAGCCACUCAACACUCUGCAGCAUCUCUGCGAGGAAAUGGAAUACAGUGAGCUUCUGGACAAGGCUUCGGAAACCGAUGAUCCAUACGAGCGCAUGGUUCUCGUUGCUGCAUUUGCAGUUUCAGGAUAUUGCUCCACCUAUUUCAGAGCAGGAAGUAAGCCAUUCAACCCAGUGCUUGGGGAGACUUAUGAAUGCAUUAGAGAAGACAAGGGAUUCCGAUUUUUCUCGGAACAGGUUAGCCAUCAUCCACCCAUUUCUGCCUGUCACUGUGAAUCAAAGAACUUUGUGUUUUGGCAAGAUAUCAGAUGGAAAAACAAGUUCUGGGGAAAGUCAAUGGAAAUCCUGCCUGUGGGAACACUGAAUGUCAUGCUUCCAAAGUACGGAGAUUACUAUGUGUGGAAUAAAGUUACCACAUGCAUACACAACAUCCUCAGUGGGAGAAGAUGGAUAGAGCAUUAUGGAGAAGUAACCAUUAGAAAUACCAGAAGCAGUGUUUGCAUUUGCAAACUCACAUUUGUCAAGGUGAAUUAUUGGAAUUCUAACGUGAAUGAAGUCCAGGGGGCUGUGAUGGGGCAGGAGGGGAAGGUGGUGCACCGGCUGUUUGGGAAGUGGCACGAAGGGCUCUACUGCGGCGUGGCCCCCUCUGCAAAGUGCAUCUGGAGACCAGGUUCCUUGCCAACUAACUACGAGCUCUACUAUGGCUUCACGAGGUUUGCCAUUGAGCUCAAUGAAUUAGAUCCCGUACUAAAAGAUCUCCUUCCACCAACAGAUGCCCGGUUUCGGCCAGAUCAAAGAUUUUUGGAAGAAGGAAAUUUAGAAGCUGCUGCAGCAGAGAAGCAAAGAGUGGAGGAACUCCAGAGAUCUCGAAGACGAUACAUGGAAGAAAACAAUCUUGAACAUAUACCAAAAUUUUUUAAAAAAGUUAUUGAUGCCAAUCAAAGAGAAGCCUGGGUUUCUAACGACACCUACUGGGAGCUUCGAAAGGACCCUGGGUUUAGCAAAGUAGACAGCCCUGUUCUUUGGUAAACUGGGAACAUAGAGCUAGCCACAUAUCACACUCUGAAUGAAUAAAUAACUAUGCACAAUUAUGUUUCUUAUAGCUACGCGUGGUUUCUGGGUCGACUGAAAACCUACCAUUUGCUUUUCUAUUCAUCUUUAUAACGGACUUUCAGAAGUGCAUUAGCUAAGGUCCCUAACCACUUUUGGAUCCUUUCUGUUUUGCUGCAACCAUAUUCCUU